AUGCCACGUCAACCGGGGUUCGAAAGGCACGGAACCUUCGUCCAGGAGCAAACGAGAAGAUCAAACGAGCGGGCCAUUAACUUCAUUUGGAGACUCGACAUCAUCAACAGGUGCAUCAACACGCUGCUCCAGGCGCCGCACUGUUCCUGGAUCUUGCAGAACAAUAACGGCAGCACUUUGGCCACCAACAAGACCCCGGCACUAGAACGAGCACUGGGUGCAGAGGCACUUGGCGUGUCGAUCAACUACACCGAGAGCGUCUCGAGAGUCUCGAACUGGUUCCUCGCGAGGGACAACGACGUGUGGGCUAACCUGGGAACCCGCCUCGGUGGCCUCGCCGCUGUGCUGGAUUUCAAGACCGGGACUACAUGUGUCCUUGGACCGGAAACGACGUGGUCAGCCGGCAGGUGGCACACCGCGAACUAG